CUACAAGAAAUUAAUCGUGUAUUUCUAUGGAGUAAAACAUGAAUCAAAAUCAUUACAUUUUGAGUGCUUCUUUAUUCUUACUGCUUAACAACGUGGUUCAAGGAUAUUGGAAAAGUCCAGAUGCUGGUCCAACAUGCAAGGUAAACACUUGCAGAGAAUCUGAUGAUGUUUGUGAGUGUUCCCUAACAGUGGAACACAGACUGACUAUGAUGACACUAAAAGAUCCCAUAAUGGUCGUACCAUCUAAUGGCAAGCUUCGGCGAUAUAAUGAUAGUACUCCUCUCUCUGAUUCAAUGGCUGAUGACGUUAUUACAACGGAUGGCUAUCGGUCCCGCCUUGUCAUUGCUAUUAACGAUAAGUUCCCCGGACCAACCAUUGAAGCCUUUGAAGGCCAAAAACUGAUCAUCCAUGUAAGAAAUCUGAUGCAUACUGACUCAACAACUGUGCAUUGGCACGGAAUGCAUCAACGUGGAACUCCACAUGCAGAUGGUGUUGCCUUCAUAAGUCAAUGUCCAAUUUUGCCAGGACAUACAUUUACCCAUACAUUUACAGCAAGCCCACAUGGAAGCAGUUUCUACCAUGCACACAUUGGGGACCAGCGUAGCAUGGGAUUAUAUGGAGGAUUGAUAAUUUAUCCCAGACACAAAUUUUAUCCUCAACCACAAAUUGGAUUCACUGUUCUCCUACAGGACUGGAACCACAAUGACGAACCGGAAACAUUAUAUCAGCGCAUGCUUAAUGGUGUAUACAAUUUUAAUGAUAUGUCACCAACAUUAGUAAAUACCACUCAGUCUGUGGACGGUGCUAAUUUCAGUCGUUAUCAUUUCCAUUCUGGACUCAUAAAUGGAAAAGGGAGGUUCUGGUCACGACCACCGAAUAGCUACCUGCAACAAAAUGGUGCCCCGCUUGAAGUCUUUAAGGUAAAACCACAGCAAACGUACAGAUUUCGAGUGAUAAGUGCUGCUACCCUUUAUCCUUUCCGUGUGUUUGUACAAGAUCAUCCAGAACUUACAGUCGUAGCAUCUGAUGGUUUUGAGAUUGUCAGAGGAACUGGGAAGGAUAGUCAAGCAAUCGUUGUUGAAUCGUUCAUAAUCCAUCCUGGAGAAAGAUACGAUUUUUUCCUGUACACAGGAAAGACAGUAAAAUCAUACUUGUUGGUUGCAGAGAGCAUUGAAGUGAUACCUAGCAACGUUUAUGAAUAUCAUGCUGCAGAGGCGAUAAUUCAAUAUGAAGGCUCCUCGACUUCCUAUAUUACUUCAAGAGCAAGUAACCAAAAUCAUUGUACAAGUAUGAAACCAUGCAUAACAUUCAAUUGUCCUUACAAAUACUACCCAUCUAGUCAAAACAGACAAUGCCUCAGUUAUGAUGAAGCAAACAGUAAUGAACUAAACUCAACUAGUGAAGAAGUAGCUAUUGUUUCGAAGACACUGUUUUUUAACUUUGCUUUUCCUGGUGAGCCGGGAAAUACCCCAGGUUCAGUCAAUGGACAUGCGUUUGUAUCACCACUGGCACCCAUACUUACAGAGACAAGUAGUCAACUGCGAACUAUCUGUGAUACCUCGUUAUGCAGAUUUGAUUCCAUUUGUGCUUGCACAUAUUCCGUCGAUCUUGAAUUUGGAAAGGUGUAUCAAUUUGUUCUUACAAACAUUGGCAGUGGACGCGGCUGGUCUCAUCCUGUUCAUCUACAUGGUCAUUAUUUCUUCGUCUAUAAAAUGGGAUUUGGUGAAUACAAUCAAAAUACAGCCAAGUUUGUAUCUGAAACAGAGGACAUCGAAUGCCAGAGAACUAAUACAACUAAUUAUUGCAAUUCUGCUAAAUGGAGAAAUGAAACAUGGAAUAGUUACAUCCCUGGCUCUAAAACCAGCUACCCUCCAGAGAAGGACACAAUAAUAAUUCCAACUGGUGGGUAUGUGGUUAUUCGAUUUAAAGCAAAUAACCCUGGCGCCUGGUUCUUUCAUUGUCACAUUGAUCUUCAUAAUACGAAUGGCAUGGGGAUGGUUCUACUGGAGUCACCUUCCAAGUAUCCUCGAGCACCUGCUGGGUUCCCAAAAUGUGGGUACUUAAAUCAAAAUGAGAACACAUCCAUUGGAUCACGCUAUUUGAUAGAUGUAGUGUUUCUGCUGUUUGUUAUGGUUGGUGGUUUUAGGUGCAAGAUCCAGACCAGCGGAUGAAAAAUUAUACAAGUGCCUGGUUUUACACCCAUUUUUAAAACUGUGUAUUAGAUAAUGUACUUGUUUUUCAUUAUUGAAUAUUUCGGGAUAGAUUUUCACUUAAAAGUGUGUCUACUGUAGAACUACUGUAGAAAUUGGACUUGGAACAUUUUCACUCAAAUAUUUGUUUGCUGUAUAAUUAUGGUUGUCACUGUUGAAUAUUUUGUAGAGAUUGAAUUUGAACAUUUUAACUCAAAUAUUUGUCUGCUGUGUAAUUAUAAUUUUUCAUUGUUGAAUAUUUUGUAGGAUUGGACUUGAAAAUUUUCACUCAAAAAAUUAAGAUAUCGUUAAGAUGCAGCAAUAUUCUGAUAAGAGAGAUAACUCUUAAUGCCAUAAAUGUCUAUUAUUCCUUUAUAAAUUCGUCAGGUUUGAAAUGUCUUUUCUCUCCAAUUUUGCCACGCAAGCUAUGUUACAAUUGUUUGUAU